GACGAGGAGGAGGACGGGAGACGAGGUGACGAGGAGGAGGGUAGACUAGGAGGAGGACGGGAGACGAGGUGACGAGGAGGGGAGGAGGGGAGACGAGGAGAAGAUGCCGCUGUUCACAUCCAACCCGUUCGACGCGGACGUGGAAAAAGCGACCAGUGAACUGAAUACAACGGAGGACUGGGCUCUGAUUCUCGACGUCUGCGACAAGAUUGGACAUUCUCCGCAAGGGCCCAAAGACUGCCUCCGGGCGACCAUGAAGAGAGUGAAUAACAAGGUUCCUCACGUGGCCAUGCAGGCGUUGACUCUCCUGGGGGCCUGUGUGUCCAACUGUGGGAAGAUCUUUCACUUGGAAGUCUGUUCAAGGGAAUUUGCAAAUGAAGUAAACAACGUCCUUAACAAGGCUCACCCCAAGGUGGGUGAGAAGCUGAAAGCCCUGAUGAUGGAGUGGGCCGAGGAGUUCAAAAACGACCCACAGCUCAGCCUCAUUGCCGCCAUGAUCAAGAACCUGAAGGAUCAGGGUGUGGCCUUCCCUGCCCCUGGCUCACAGGCUGCAGAGCAAGCGAAGGCGAGUCCGGCGCUGGUGCCUAAGGACCCCGGCACCGUCACGGCCAAGCAGGAGGAAGACGACCUCGCCAAGGCCAUCGAGCUGUCGUUGAAGGAGACCACGGGGCUGGCAGUGGUGGCCCCCGUGGGUGCGGGGGGCUCGCUGUACCCCACGGCGACGGCACUGGGUGGCGCCGCGCUGGCCCGCAGCGCCGCUGGCGACGCGCGCAAAGUGCGUGCCAUGUACGACUUCGAGGCGGCGGAGGACAACGAGCUGACCUUCCGCGCCGGCGACGUCAUCUCCGUGCUGGAUGACAGUGACCCCAACUGGUGGAAGGGCGAGACCCACAAGGGAUCGGGGCUGUUCCCAUCAAACUUCGUCUCAGCCGACCUGACGGCCGAGCCGGAAGCCCCCAUAAAGACCGAGAAGAAAACGGUACAGUUCAGCGACGAGGUGAAGGUGGAAGCCAUUGAACCGGAGCCCGAGCCCUUGUUCAUCGAUGAAGGGAAGAUGGACACAUUGCUGAGGAUGUUGCAGAGCGCUGACCCGGCCGACGAGCGCCCCGACCCCCCUGAGCUGCUCUAUUUGGAGGAGUCGUGCCAGCACAUGGGGCCUCUGAUCGACCAAAAGCUGGAGGACAUUGACCGGAAACACUCUGAGUUGUCGGACAUUAACGUGAAGGUGAUGGAAGCGUUUGAGCUGUACAACCAGCUCAUGAAUGAGGCCCCCGGCUAUGGCGUCUAUGGGAAGGUGCAGCCGUCCCUGCAGCAGCAGCAGCAGCACUACUACUCACAGCAGCAGCAGCAGCAGCAGCCGUACAGUGGCCCUGCUGCUGGCGGUGGUGGCGGAUACAUGGUGCCGGGCACGGCUCAUAGUUAUCCCGGACCUGCCGAUGGCGGCCAGGGUACAAGUGCUGCCUCACUGCCUCCCACCCUGGGCCCGGGGGGGAGCCAACCCGGCCACGCCUACACCAAUGCCCUGCCCGGCACAGGCCACGUUGUGUACAUGGGGCCGCCGGGCCCUGUCGGAGUAGAGGCCACGGGGUUCCCUCCCGGGAGCCUCCCAGCCGGCGGCGUGGCCGGCACGUUCCCAGGGCCCGCUUACAGCAGCCUGCACAACGCACCGCACGCCGUGCAGCCGGUGCAGCCCCCGCCGCAGGCCCUGUACACGCAGCAGCAGCAGCAGCAGCCCCUGCUCUAGAGCUCCCUCUGGGGCCCAGCAGCCCUCCUGUCUCACACUCUGGGAGAACCUCUGCUUUUUUUGUAGGCAACACCAUAUCUGGAGGGAAGUUAACAUCUGUGUAGACAUCUCUCUCUGUCCUCUCGUUGUCUUCACGGAAAUCAAGUCGAGCGAGUGGCAUGCCUUACGGUGACGGUUGAUGUUUGAUGGCGAUAGCGGAAAGUAGGGAGUAUAUAAGCUGCAGUCACUUUCUUUGAAAGGAGUCUUUGUAUUGAAGCUGCCAUGUUGAUCAUGCCCUCAACGCGUGCGUAUGUGUGUGUUUGUGGUGCGCGUGUGUGCGUGUAGCCCUCUGUUGCCACUGUUAUACAGUUGUGUAAUAAGACACAUCAGGUGAAUGCUGCACCACGGGUCACCCAGUCUACCAGUAACACUAUGCCUGAUUAAACUGUAGGCCAGAUAUGAAUCGGUGUGUUUUAAAAAGCAAGCAAAUUGACGAGUUGUGAUUAAAACGGAACUUGUACAUAGCCACUGCGCUGCAGAGCAGCGGUUGGGACCCUUGCUGCAGUGACUGCCGAGUAUGCAGCCCUCGGAGGAUGACGACAGCCUGCGCUGCUCCUCCUCUCGCGCGUGAUUGCAGUAGAAGUUUCUCCGCCUCGCAUCUCCACCUCCGUGUAACAUGCGCCUUCGUUUCCUGUACAUGCACACCACUCGUAAAUCCCAUUUUCACUUGGACAGACCGUGUGGGGUAGGGCCGCUAGCAAGCAACCUGUUUGUCCAGCACCACGUGCCUGCACCACACUUGCCCGCUUCUAUCCUCCCAGUGCUGAUGUACGUUGCUCCAGCCAGGGUUCGGCCAGAGGCACCCAUGGCCAUUGCAUGGCCGCUGGUUCACAAGGCCAAUUAUUGAACUCAUUGCUCAAUCUGCGCCACAUCUCCCACGUCCGCCACUGCUCUGCCCCAGCUUCCUGCCGAGUCGCUCAUCCAUGUCUUCACGUCUUGACAGCUGCAGAUCUUCAAGGUAAAUCCAUCGCCUGCAACCUCCAGAUGACCCAACAUGCCGCUGUCAAGAGCAUGUCACCCCAAUACUCCGAUCCCUUCACCAGCUCCCACUCGCCAUCUUCAAGAUUCUCUAUAGCCUCGUUACUGCCUACUUCUCUCUCUCAUCCCGCGCAAUUCCCCCCCACCUCCUCCCCCUUGCCUUCCUCUUACUCCCAUUCAUGCGCUCUAUGCAUGAGCAACCAAGGCCUCCUGUCAAGAGCGCAGGUUAAACUUCACUCGGUGGGAAGUUGUUCAUUCUCUUCUGCUGCCCCCAUAGUUCUGAAUUCCCAUUCCCCCAGCUGUCUGUGCUGACAAUUCCUCUGCUCAAGUCUGGGCUCUCAAGAAUACUAUCUCCUCUCCGCCACCUCUUCCCUGUAGUGCACGUCCCGCUGUUUGUGUGUAGCGUCGCGAGUUGCGCCUGGGUGCUUUGUCCAAAUUGAUUGCGUUGUGGACCUUGGGUCACUGAUAAUGUAGUGGCUCAAGCUGACAACUCUACCGCUGCUUCUACUCUACACGGACGAGUGUGCGCGUGCGCUCAGUGCGUGGCAGCAUAACCGCGACUUGGCAAGGUGCUUUACCAAAGUACGGGGCGCGUUAAAGAGCCGGUGACAUGGCUACGGUGUUGGCACACGCUGUUCAGCGGGCGCCGGUGAAUGCGCUGGCGAAGGUGUGCUCACAACUACACGCGCACAUGCGGACCACUGCUGGACGAGGACCUCUCUACUCCAUGGGGAUCGUGGGGGUUAUUUUACCAUAUUUCAUUACACUGGUCAGUGCGGCUUGGUGAAGGUGGGGAGCAUAGGACGGUACAAUGGAUGUUACUACGUUGCUUUCUGCUACCCACAACCCCACAUCUCCUGCUUGGCCUCCGAGAUGCGACGAGGUGAGGUGCAUUCCGGUGAUGUCCUAAUCAUGAUAAUGAUACUUGUUUGUAUUUGGCAGAGCCGCCCUCCUUCACUACGGGGCCUCUCCGGAGUGAUUUACACACGAUCAGUGACUCGCAUCUCAUGAACACAUUCGAAAUGACGCACCAGGUGGCAGCUGCCCCAUUAUGGCGUUAGUCUGCCAGUAGGGGGCGAUGAUUACUGCUGUGUGUAAUCCCACGAGAGAUUUGUGGGUACAUUUUUCACAGACUUCACUGCCACACUAGCCGUUUGUGUCUCUUGGUCUUCGGUGCACAGCAACCGAGUGUCCAUUGUGAGGUGGCACAUCUACGUGACACGCGUUCCUGACAUGAUAGCAAUGGGGACACUCGAAACCCUGGAUGAGAUGAAGAGAUUCAAGUCACGUUGGGGUUUGAGUUGACCCCUGGGAACCUGAGUGAUCUUUUUAAUAUUCGUGUGUCAGCCUGGUCGUAGCCUGCAGACCAUGUGCCGCAUGACACUCUCCGUAUCGGUAGUAUUCUGACUUUAUUAUUUGUAAGAUUCCCCCAAAAGUUAACAAUGCCUUACCAAUUGAGCUAUAACCAUUGAUUAAUAUCGCGACUUUUAAGGUUUUAAUUAUCAACCGCAAUUAAUUCGACGAGCUUUUGGCUGCAUCGAUGUGUAUUGGUGGCAUGUGCUUUUUUCAGUAUUUGUGAAAGAUGACAUUGCUAACUAUAUUAAUUCCGGCACCGAUGGUGUGACCCAAAUCUGAACUUGGUAAAACUGUGGAAAUUCAAUGCCUCUUGUACAAUUGCAGGAAGCCCCUGUGGGGAAACGGUUGGGCUAAUCCAUAGCCUGAGCUAUCCCGAUGGAAAGACUGGCAUACAACUGAAGAGAUGUAUUUAAAGAUGUACUGUAUAUACGUAAUGUCCGAGCCGAUGAUGAAUAUCGUACACCUCGCUGUGCAGUGUUUAAUUGCGCCUCUGUAAGAAGCUCCAGGAAUUGACUGCGCGUGUACCUUUGGGUGUCCGACUUCUUUUGUAUGUAUAAUUUUACGUGUAUUCGCGAAAAGAAAUGUAGAACUCGCUUAAGAUCCUUGACUAAUUUCAUCAUAAGACAUUUUGACAAAGACUUGAGACGAAUAAAUUUAGAAAACUA